CAUUCUUAAAAGACUUUCUCUUGUACUCUACUUCCCAGAAAGCAACCAAUCUAUAACCACCAUAAACAUGCCUGCAUCUACAGCCACAGCCACAGCCACAGCCACAGCCACAGCCACAGCUAAUGCUUCUGCUCCUUUGAGCAAGUCUCACUACACAGCCAUUCCAUCCUUUCCUGCCUGUUUAGGUGGUGAAUGGAAGAACAUGGUCAAGAAGCCAUAUCUUAAAGCAACCAUGCGAUUUACAAUUGGAACAGUACUGCCACCACAUCAUUUUCCUUCUGUAUCAAGGAUCGAAGUCAUUUCUGGAUCUAUCCAGGUGAACGAUCUGCAGAACGGUGAGGCCUAUCUGAUCGGUCCAGGUCAGGACUGCAUGAUUCCUGCUCUGUUGGUUCAUGAGGUCCAGUGCAUCGAAAACGUCGAAUUCGAAUUUGCAAUGAACCGAGAUGAUAUGGUCAUCUACUGGGACCUUGAAGAACGAUAAACAACACUUCUUUGAAUGCUAAAGAAAAAAAAAACCAAUUUUUUUUUUACUUCAUAAUCCUUCCUCAAGAAAAACCCAAAGCCAAAUUUUACAUUUCCUUUUCUUGAUCUGCAUUUAUACUUCUCUAUUCAUUUUUUUUUUUUUGCUUUUUUGUUUUUAUAUUUUAUAUCUCUUUUCUUUCUACACUUCUUUACCAUUAUCAUUCUUUAUCAUUACUAGUAUUAUAUUUAUUUUCUAAAAAAAAAUUCCAAAGAAACAACCAUC